UGCUCUGGAGAACAUUUCGCUUGCACAGCCCAGCUAGCUCUCCAUUCAACACCGAGAGCUUCAUCAUUUGUUGUCUUAAGCGUUCACUGCCAGUUUAUUCCGACAUUUAACUUCAGAUAUCUCAGCUCGGUGUAGCUGGAUCUUUCAUUGAUUCAGCAUGUGUGUGGCCGUGCUGACAGCUCUGUCCCUCUCUGUCCUCGGAUCAACACUUGCAGAUAAACACGGUGUCGUCAAAGUGCAAGUCGACAGCGAUGCCAUCUUGCCCUGUUCCUCCAGCACCAAGGAGAACCUCGUAUUUAAAGUGUUCGACUGGAUAAAGGAGAAUGACAUUCAGAGGGACGUGUUCUUUUAUCAGUCAGGCGUUACUAGCACCGGAGCCGAGAAGUUCAAAGGUCGAGUUUCAUAUUUUACCGAUGAACUGAAGAACGGCAACGCCUCCAUCAUCAUCAGAAAUGCAAAGAUAGAGGACAGUGGAAACUACACCUGUGUUUUUCCUCGUCUUGUACCAGAGAAAAGAUUCCACGUUGAGCUUGUUGUUGAACCUGUUCUUAAAGACAGAUAUGGAAAAAUAGAAGGAGCUUCUCCAGAGCCACACAUGAAGAUAGUUAAACUCCCAGAGGACAGGAUGCAGCUGCAGUGUGUUGUUCGAGGUGCUUUUCCAAAACCUGAAGUAGAGUUCCAGGACAGUGCUGGAAACGUCCUUCCUGCUGAGGAGCCUAAGGUCUUAGAAAGCGGACAACGUUACACCGUGAUCCUCAUCGCCACUGUGACCAAGACCGACGACUUCCGCUGUGUCGCCAAGCAGAAGGAAAUCCACCAUGAGACUUUUGCUGAGACCUACGUGUCUGUCCGUGACAAACACGUGGACGUCACAGGAUGGUUCAGUGGUGGAGUUUUGUUGGGAGUUUUGUUGGGAGUUCUCUUACUUGCUGCAUUUCAAGCUUUGCUUGUACGUACAAAGCGCAUCAAAAUACAUAAAGGUAAGUUUAUGUCAUGCAUCAACAUCAACAUAAUGUGCAGACAUCAGCAGAACACAUCAUUUCAUUUCUCAUCUUCUCAGAUCAAAGAUUCAUUAUGUUUGUAUUUACAUUCAUAAAAAUCCACUGAGACUUUGUUUAUUCAUGAGGCCUCUGGUUCUCCUCCUGAUUGGUUCAAAUAAAUAUAGUAAGUUAUUAAUAUAACAGACCUUAAAGUGAAUAUUUCUCAUUUCAAUUAGAAAUGUCAAAUUAAACAGAAUGCCUUUUAUAGUUCGAUGUCCAUCAAGGGUCAUUUUUGGUCACAGACACUUCAGCAUAUCGCCGGUCGCCUAGCAGGUGCGGCGGUCUAUUAAAAGUGACGUCGCUAAACUAAUACGGCGGCGCGCUCCCGGCGUUUGGAGGAGUGCAGUUCGGCGUUUCCAGCGCCGGUCCUGGCCACAUUUGCGCCCUGGGCGCUAGAAAUAAACUGAAAAAGAAUCCUUUUGUUUUGAACUGAACUAUUGAGAACUAAAAAUUGAACUGAAGUGGACAUUGUUUAUGGGUUUUUCCUGUGGUGUAAAUAUAUUUUUUCGAAAAGAGUAGUGGUAUCUUGGUUUGUUCACAUUUUGAUUUAAGGUUGUGUGAUUUGUGGUUUGGAUUUAUGCACCCUUUGUGUGGUUUUUGUCAGAGGUAAACUAGUUUUAAACUGUCAGACUGAGUCCUGGCUGGCACCUAAAAAAACUAAAAAUACAAUUCAAAUAAUAGUUACCCCUAAAAACCGUCACACAUGAAGCAGCUUCCACGUCUGAGUCUGACUUCAGUCUGUGCUGCAAAAUAAACAAAGUUUAAUUUGAGAGAGAUAAAUACAUUUUACAGUGGUAAAGUUCAGCAUAACUAAACUCCUCUAGACGUCACACACCAACUGU